AUGGCGGACGAGGAGUUGUAUGAGGUGGAGGCUGUGCAAGGCAUGUUUACUGACAAAUCAAAGAAGAAGGCGUACUACCUCGUGAAAUGGCUGGGCUACCCUGCCUCGGAAAACACCUGGGAGCCUGAAGAGGGCUUGGAGCUGUGCCAUGGGUUUGUGGAGGACUUCAACGAGAAGCACAACAAGCUGAUAUCCUGCGCAAACAAGCAGCCUCGCGCAGUGACGUGCCGCACAUACAUCGCUUGGCAGGGCGUGAUGGAGCCCGUGUACCACUUUGACUACGGCCCGCGCAUCCAGCCCAAAUGGGUGCCCCAGCGCUACCUCAACAAGCGAGAAGCAAAGAAGGUAUACGAAUUCGAGCACGCUCUGAAAAAGCACGCAAAGCGCCGCAACGCUCAGGCAAACAUCUCCACACCACCAGCAACCGUCAACAGCUCGACAUCAGCCACAUCAGCGAGCAGCAGCGGCAGCACCACGUCCACCACAGCCCCGACAUCGACGUCGUCAGCAAGAAGCAGCGGCAACCAGCCAAAGCGCCCAAAGCUCACAACCUCUGCCCCGCCAUCAGGGUCAAAGAAACAGAGCCGCUUCGUUGACGACAGUGACGGCAGCAGCGACGACGACGACGAUAUUCGCGCGCUCAACACCAGCAAGAAGGCAGAUGCAGCAAAGGACAAAGACUUCAAGCCUGCCAUCAUCAGCAGCAGCAGUGACGAUGAUGAUGACGUGAUUGUGAUGCCCAAGUCCUCACAGCGUGCCGUUACCGCCACGAGGAAGCCACCCAAGAAGAGCAUGGGCGGCAAGGGAAAGGGGGCGCUGCGGGACCCUCGCCUCGCGGGUACAGUCAAGGCAACGCCGAAGCGCACCCGCCCCCUCAGCUUGAGUUUGGACGGAUCCAGCGCGCCAACUACAAAAACACGAGCAUCGAGCACGGGCUCCCUGCGGUCAACAUCGAGGUCAGCGGCCGCACAGACCAGGACAAAGAAAGCCACAUCAGCCCGCAGCAAGCUCGAUUUGCUGCAGGGGAUGGACAAGCUUCGUUCCACACUGCCUGCUGCAAAGCCACGGUCUUCUCGAAACAAGAACCCACCCCUGCCGUCCGUACCACGAUCCCUCUCCGACACCACCACCACCACCACCACCACUACCUCGUUCGCUGCGGGGUGGGGCAUCUCACCGACAUCUGCUUCCUCAAUCUCAUCCCCGUCAUCGCCGCGACCAUCAAACGUGAGUAGUGGUGGCUGGGGAGCUGCAGGCGCAAACAACAGUAGCAGUAGCAGCAACAGCACGACGGCCACCACCACAAGCGGCUGGGGACUCGCAAGUACCACCAGCACGGCUAAAGCCAGCGGCAUUGACGGUGGCAAUGGUGUCAAGAGAGAAGCGGCUUCGGCAUCACUGGGCUGGGGUGCAGGAGCGCCAAGUACAAAGAAGGGCGAUAUCAACCCAUCACCUGGCACGCGGCGCCGCCGUGGCUCAUCAUCUAUGUCAACAGCAGCAGCAGCAGCAGCAGCAGCAGCAGCAGCAGCAGCAGCAGCAGCAGCAGCAACAGAUAGUCCACUGAGCAGGUGCACUGGGCGGAAGCAGCAGCGGCACCGCCGGCGCUCUCCCUCCUCGUCGCCGUCGCCCGAGCCACGCGGCCCGCAUGUGUCCUCCACACCCACCACCAUCACAACCCUUGCUGCCGAGGGCGCUGCGGACCUGGAAAGCCGGGAGCCGCAAGUGGAAACGCGGCUUGACCACCUAUUCAAGGGCACACCCCAGCACAUGGAGGCGGUGAAGCUGCUGCAGGAGUACCUUGACCGCGCCGGCCCCUCCGUCAGCAUUGUGUCUGCGGCAAGGAUUGACAACCCGGUGUUUGAGGCAGAGUGGAACCUCAAGCUGGAGGACCUGGAAGCCACCGCUCGAAGGCGGGCAAAGUCUGCAGCCGUGCAGGCAGGGGCGAAGAAGGUGAAACGCAAGGCAUACUUCAUGCUGUGCGACACGAUUACGGCUGCCGUUGAUCUCUGUGCAAACGGGCUCACGCGUGAGCAGCAGCGCGACCCGACCAGCCCGCUCGACAACAACGGCGUGUACGCGUGGCCGUGCCCAAACUUCACGGAGCACCCGCUCCCCGCUGGGAAGGAAACGUUCAUUUUGCUGUUUGAGACGGCUUAUUACGACAGCUCGGUGAUGCUGGUCACGGACGAGACGCGGUAUGAGCCCGAGAGCGCGGACGUCCACCACUGUCGCUUCCUCUCCAGCGCGCCCAAGCCGCACCCGGCCUUCUGCUACUCCCUCUUCUUUGAUUUUGAUGACGACGGGUUUCGGCAGCGCCCGCGCCAGCUCAAGCCCACGUUCCUGUACCACGUCGUCACCGGGGAGGUGGACCAGCCAACCCUGCGCGCGAGCAUGGCCAUGGUGGACCUGGAGCUGCGCGAGUACCACACGCGCUUGCGCAGCACCGGCCCAGCUUUGGCAUCCGGCCCGCCCGCGCUGUCCACGGUGCCGGACCAGGCACUUGAGCCGGACCCCUUUGACAUGUGGGCAGCGGCGGAUGUCGGGUUGCCACCGCCCGCACCAUCACCGCCCGCACCACCAGCACUUCCGCCAACCAUGGUGUAUGUCGACAUGACAGCCGUGGCAUCUGGCGCGCACAAGCAGAAGCAUUACCACGUGGACGUGGACACAGACAACCUGAUGCGCCAUGUGCUUGCAGGGGUGGAUCCCGGCGAACGCAUUGCCAGCCUUGCUCCGUCCUUUGACAACGACAUCCGCGAGCGCUUGGAGGACCGCCACCACUUUGAGCUCCUGGAUACGUUUCGAAACCGCUACAAUCGCAUCGGCUACAAGGGCAUUCGCCCAGACGCGCGCAUUCGCCGCUGGCUGGAGCAGCUCAAGUCUAACUCCACCGAGCUUGUGCUUGUUGUCAACCCCGGCGGCGGUUCAGACAGCCUGUUCUUUGUCCCCGUUGCCACGGACGCCCUGGAGAAAGGCAUUCGCGUGCACAUGUGGUGCUGGCGAACUGACUUCACGGCAGAGCUCGGUGGACUCAAGGACCGCUUUGAGGAGUUGUUUCGUGUGACGGAGCUCCAAACGCAGAUGGUGGUGUCGCCCCCCUUGGGCACCGGCCGCGCCGAGCCUCCCAGCAGCAGCAGCCCAAAGGCCCCUGAUAUCCCGUGGGGCACGCCGCCUUCACCCCCGCCUGCAACCUCCUUUGACGCCGCUUCAGCAGCAAUGACCCCACGCACACCCGUCGCCCAGUCCUCGCCCAGUAUCCCUAGCAGCACGGGCACCAACACCGGCAGCAGCGGUGAUUGGAAAGGGAAAGCCACCCCCACAGGCACCACAAGCUCCAGCCACGGACGCCAGCCGAGCGGUAGCGACAAAGCAGACAUGGGCCGGGACCGAGGCUGGGAACGAAGCGCGAAUCGCGACCGUGACCGCGACCGUGACCGCGACCGUGACCGCGACCGACGGGGCUCGCGAUCGUCUGUGAGCGACGGUGCAAGGCGCGACAGGGAGAGGGAUCGUGGCCGAGGAGGAGAGCGCGAUCGACCCCGGCGCGACAGCGAGCGGAGCCGGAGCCAAGGCAGAGGAGACCGUGAUCGCCGCGACGUUGGAAGUGGCCGUGACAAGCGUGGAAGUGUGGGCGGGCGAGGGUUUGGCCGUGACCGUGACCGUGACCGCGACCGCAGUCGGGAUAGAGGUCGAGGCCGUGGUGGGCGUGGUGGUGAUCGUGGUGGGCGUGGUGGUGGGCGUGAUGGUCGUCGGUUCUCUGACCGCCACAAGCCGUCAGACGUUGGGAACUCCUGGGGUUCAGCACCGAUUCGUUCCAGCCCUUCAACAUCAACCGCCUCUUUGGCAUCAGCAUCUGCGUCCUCCCUGUGGGGUUCUCCUUCGCCAAACACAGGAGCAGGAGCAGGAGCAGGAAAAGGCACGACCGCGCCCUCGUCCGCCAGCGCGGCCAUGUCUGCGUGGGGGAGCCCUACGGCACCAGCGUCCACUGCAAACGCGGCUGUCUCAGGGUGGGGCACACCCAAGGGUGCUGAUAGCCAGGGCUCUGACGUUAGCGUGAGCUCCCCAGCUGUGGCAGCAGGCAAGGCCGGGUUUGUGUGGGGCGCUGCGUCGCCCCAGGCCAGCAAGCCCGUGAAUGCAUGGGCAGCGCCUUCAAACGCCCGACAGCCGGAACAGCCGUCUACGGGUUGGGGUGUGGGCGCAACACAGCCCGCACCAGUCGUCGCGGCCAAGCAGCCAGCGCAUGCCGUUGCGGCAUCUGCGUGGGGCGGGAAAGUGUCGUCCCCAGCAGCGCCGUCCAAAUCACAACAACCUGCGGCGGCGCCAUCAUCAGCCUCGUCGACACAAGGCAGUGCUCCCGGCAUGUGGGGUGGGCAAACCGCACAAGCCAAGCCGCAGGAGAAGGCGGGCGGCGUUGCCACGACUGCUGCACCAGCGCAUGCCUGGGGCAGCACAGCAGCAACAGCAGCAACAGCAGCAACAGCAGCAACAGCACCAGGUCCUGUGCCACAGGCACCGUCACAGCAGCAAGACGGCGGGAAACAGCAGGCAUCACGACCCAGCCAGCAACCUGCACAUCCGCCGGCAACGAGCGGAGCAACCGGCAUGUGGGGAGUGAAGGCGCCAGUGCCAGACUCAUCAACAGCAGCAGCACCAGCGACAGCACCAGCAGUGACAGCAGCAACAACAGUCACAACCACAACAGUACCAGCAACAACACCACCAGCGACAGCAGCAACAACACCAGUCACAACCACAGCGGCUCCAGUAACAGCGGCAGACCCAGCCCAGGCGUCACACCAGCAGCAGCCAGUGGUUCGUGGACGUGGGCGUGGGCGUGCGGUUGGCCAAGCCUCAUUGACGGCAGCGGCCACACUCACAGCAGGAAAUGCUGCAUCGGUGCCCCUGCAAGCAGCUGCCAAGCCUGUGAGUGUCGAUGGCGGCAGGAGCGGCUUGGAAACCCAGCAGCGUGAGCCACAGGCAUCGAGCGCGUGGGGGGCGCCAGCACCGCCGGGGACGGUCAGCCGUCCAGAACAAGCAAGCGCCUCGGCGCUGUCCUCAUCAGCAGGAACACUAGGUGUUGGUGGCCAUGGUGUCUCGGCAUCUAACACAACAGCAGCAACAAGCGCAUGGGGCGUGCCGGCACCCAAGGCAGCAACCCAGGCUGCAGAAACCACACCCUCAUCCGCCACACCGCCAUCAGCGUGGGGCGCAGUCGCACCCCGAGCAGUCACAGCGACGGCAACGGGCGGAGCGUGGGGGUGGGCGUCGGCGGCGCCUUCAAACGAUAAAAAGCGAGAGCAGCGGCCCCAGGAACCCAACCAGCCGCAAGCGACUGGUGGCAAUGGCUGGGGAAUGGCACCGAGGUCAGAAGCGGCACACCCCCCUCCUGUUCCGCCGCUGCCAAGCGAUGAUACCAUCCGCCAUGCGCUGAACAACAACAGCCACAACAACGGCAACGGCAGCAGCAGCAGCAGCAGCAGCAGCAGCAGCAGUGCGUGUGCUGACGGUAAGGGUGGCACUUCUGCGCCGGUGAGCGCUUGGGGUAAAGCACCUGUUGCCGCUCCACAGGCAAACAAGGAAGAGGAGAAGAAGCCAAACAGCACAGACACGGGCAACUCAGCUACAGCUGAGGCGCAAGCCACCACGAGCGGAGAGAGCCAGCCAGCCACCAAGGCAUCAGAGACUGCAACCAGCUCUGAUGGGAAGGGGGCUGUUCUUGGGAUGUUUGCAGAGCAAACCACCGGUGGCGCGCUGGAUGAGGAGUCCCCAGCCGUGGUUGUGUGGGAGGGUGAACUUGGUCAGGCGGCCCCAGCGCGCAGCCUCGUUCGCGGCUUUCAGGUGCAAUCGCCGCUGUCUGAGGACGGCCAUCUCCCGACCCUGCCGGACUUGCGAGCAGCGCUUGGGUCCCUGGUUCAGAUCACGGGCCAGAGCUGGCGACCAAAUGCAGAAGUGCGGGUGCCGCUGGAAGACAAAGGGAAGUGGCAGCACGCGUUCUGCCCGGCGAAUGUUCUGCGGGCCAUUCCUCAGUUCAAGUCGCUUGAGAAGCGCGUGAAGGACAAGAAGGGGAGUCAGUGUCUUGAGCUGUUUCCCAGCAAGAGCACAGGCGCCGAUGUUGGACUGCGCAUGUUCCUGUUACACUCUGAAAGCCCGCUUGCUGUGCCUUCCGAGGAGCAGCACCGCUUUGUUGUCCUAUUUCUGUGGCCUGUGUCGGUAUGA